GCUUCCUCUAACUCCCAGCACAUCUGGGAGCAGCACACCGUCAGAACACAUAAGGAUUUGGCUCACAGGUUAGAGUCACGACGCAAUAAACGGUAAACCAUGAUCACCUUGCUCCUACUGUGUGUGUCUCUGCCCUUCAUCACCUCAACAAUAUCAUUUGAAGACCCUAGCGAUCUCUACAGUACCUUGAGUGUCAGCAUCCCCAUGGACGUGCCACUGCGCCCUCUGAUGGGCACCAAGGUGGUGGUGCCCUGCUACUUCCACGAUAAUCCAAUCAACCACCCGGGCACACCCACUGUCGACCCCCUGUCCCACCGCAUCAAGUGGACAUACAUCACCAAGGGAAAGGCCAUCCUCAUCCUGAGGGCGUCGGAGGGCAAAGUUCACGUGGAGACGGAGUACCUAGACCGGGUCACCAUGGCCAACUACCCGCUGGUGCCCACCGACAUCACCAUGGAGAUCACGGAGCUGCGCUCCAAGGACUCAGGCACCUAUCGCUGUGAGGUCAUGCACGGCAUCGAGGAAAACCAUGACUCGGUGGACAUCCAGGUUCAAGGUAUUGUGUUCCACUACCGAGCCAUCUCUACACGCUACACUCUGAACUUUGAGAGAGCCAAGGCUGCCUGUAUCCAGAACAGUGCCACCAUCGCCACCCCAGCCCAGCUACAGGCUGCUUUUGACGAUGGCUUCCACCAAUGUGACGCCGGUUGGCUAUCUGACCAAACAGUCAGGUACCCCAUCCAUGAGCCUCGUGAGGGUUGCUUUGGAGACAAGGAUGAGUUCCCGGGCGUGCGAACCUACGGCGUGAGAGAGGUCAACGAGACCUAUGACGUGUACUGCUUCGCACAGAAGAUGUCAGGCAGAGUGUUCUACUCCAUGUCCGUGGAGAAGUUCACCUUUUACCAGGCAAUGGACCAGUGUGCCAAACUAGGGGCCAAGCUGGCCACCACAGGGCAGCUGCACCUGGCCUGGAAGGCUGGCAUGGACGUGUGCAACGCGGGCUGGCUGGCAGAUAGAAGCGUCCGCUACCCUAUCAACAUUGCCAGGCCACAGUGCGGUGGAGGACUACUUGGAGUGAGGACCGUGUACCUGUUCCCUAACCAGACAGGCUACCCCUACCCAGACUCCCGCUACGACGCUAUCUGCUACCAAGAAGAAGACGGCGAAGUCAAGACGACCCCGUUCCCAGAGGUGGCCACCAUCACAGCUGGCCCCAUGGUUUACCUGGGGCGUACCACCGCCCCUGAGGCUGAGGCACAAGGGGAGGUUCUGACCCAAGCCCCCCUGGACACCACCAGCAUGGAACUGCCUUUACCCAUCCUCCCCAGUGUGAAUGACACGUAUGCCAAGGUCCCCCCGGUCGUGGGGGAAGAGAUCAUCAGCAGGGUGACAGCUAAACCUAAUGUGGCCUCCGAGUUCCCUCGUGAAAAUGACACUGCCAUGUCUCCUACAGGUGUAGUGUUCCACUACCGUGCUGGCUCCAGUCGCUAUGCCCUGUCCUUCGUGGAGGCCCAGUUGGCCUGUCAGAGUGUGGGUGCGGUCAUCGCCAGCUCUCAGCAGCUCCAGGCAGCCUAUGAGGCAGGGCUCCACCACUGUGAUGCAGGCUGGCUCAGGGACCAGAGCGUCAGGUACCCCAUCCUGUCUCCCAGAGAUAAGUGCUCAGGGAAUCUGGAGCAUCUCCCAGGGGUGAGGUCCUACGGCCUGAGACCCGCUACCGAGCGAUACGAUGUCUACUGCUAUGUGGACCGCCUCAAGGGGGAGCUGUUCUACACCAGCGACUAUGACAGCUUCUCCUACGAGGAGGCCGUGGCCUACUGUCAGAAGCUCAACACCACGCUAGCCACCACAGGGCAGCUCUAUGCCGCCUGGAGACAGGGCUUUGACAAGUGCCGUCCAGGCUGGCUGCAGGACCGGAGCAUCCGCUACCCCAUCCACAACCCCAGGCCCCACUGUGGAGGAGGCAAGGCUGGGGUACACACCAUCUACGCCUUCCCCAACCAGACGGGACACCCUGACCAGCACUCCAGAUACGACGCAUACUGCUUCAGAGCUGAACCUACGAUUAUUCACACUGAAACCAGACUCAACGUUACUGUAGUUGUCGAGGAGGAAAUGAUCAACAUGACAACCAGAACGGACCAAUUGACUCCUGUGAGCCCCAUCGUACCACCUGUAUCUGUGGAUGUGUCCGGUUCAGGCUUAGCUGAGCAUUCUACCAGUGGUAGUGGCAGUGGAACCCCUGGUAGCGGAGAUACAUCUGGUGGGGCCAGUGGCGAGGGCUCCGGGUCUGGCUUCCAAGUCACAUUCGAGGGCAGUGGGCACAUCUUGUCAGGACAGGGCUCUAGCUCUGGAGGUCUACAGGAGGCAGUAGAGGGGAGCACCACUGUCACUUACACCGGGUCUGGGAAUAGCGGCUCCGGGGUGGGGGUGGGAGAGUUCAGCGGUGGGCUACCGUCUGGUGUCCUUCCCCACUCCGGUAGUGGCAGUGGGGUAUCUGGGGACCUGAGCGGUAGCGGGGACUCUGUCAUCAUCAUGGUGGACGGAGAGAUGGUGGACAUCUCCAAGCAGCAGCCCACCGGACAGGAGUUUGGACAAGGAGGUGUGGAUGUCAGUGGCUCCAGUGGAGUGUCCGGAUCGGGUGGCUUCUUCAGCGGGGAUGUGACCAGCACUUCUGGCUCCGGACUUCCCGACAUAUCUUUUGAGCUUUCAGGUCUCAUUGACCUGACCGAGAAUCCCUCGGGAGAGCAGGAGGUCUCUGGCUACCAGCCCUUCGCCUCCGGUUUUCCAAGCGGUUUCCCCUCCGGUUAUCCUUCCGGUUUUCACAGCGGCUCUGGAUUCCCAUCCAGUGGUGACGGAUCCCACUCAGGCCAUGAGGUCAUCUUCCUGACUGAAGACGGGAUGAUGGAGGUGACAACACAGCGGCGUCCGGAGCAGGGUCGGGGCUACGUAGAGGUCAGUGGUGACGGCAGUAGCCAGCAUGAAGGGAGCACCUCAGCCAGUGGGCUUUCCCUGGGGGAGUCAACGGUCGCAGAAGGCGUGGUGCUGCCCCCUGGGUCUACCAUGACUUACCCAGAGCAUAUCACCUAUCUGGGAAACACGGGAAGAGGGGAUGACCUGGACCUGGUGGAGGAAGGCCAGGAGCUGGAGGGCCAUGAGCAGAAAGGGCAGGAGCAAGAAGGACUGGAAGGGUCCAUGGAGACAAUCAAUGUCACGGCACCAUCUGCAUUCUUCUCUAGCCCAACAACAGCAACCGCCGUCUCAAUGGUGACCCCUGUUGUGGUGGAGGAGCCUGCUGUAGUUGACGCACUGCAGGGCUGUGCCGAAGGCUGGGUGGAGUUCAUGGGGAGCUGCUACAUGCACUUUCUAGAGAGAGACACCUGGCCCGACGCCGAGCAGCGCUGCCAAGAGCUCAACUCCCACCUGGUCAGCAUCACCUCCCAACAGGAGCAGGAGUUUGUCAACUCUAACGCUCAGGACUAUCAGUGGAUUGGACUCAAUGACAAGGACGUGCAGAAUAAGUUCCGCUGGACAGAUGGGAGUCCAUUGGAAUUUGAGAACUGGAGGCCCAACCAGCCGGAUAACUACUUUAACUCUGGAGAGGACUGUGUAGUGAUGAUCUGGCAUGAGAACGGCCAGUGGAACGAUGUUCCCUGCAACUACCACCUGCCCUUCACCUGCAAGAGUGAACCUGUCGUGUGCCACUCCCCUCCUGAGGUGGACAAUGCCAGGCUGAUGGGCAGCAGAAGAGACCGCUACCCCGUCAACUCUAUCGUCCUCUACCAGUGUGAUGCAGGCUUCACACGGCGCCACCCGCCUGUUGCACGCUGCCUUCCCGACGGGCGGUGGGAGGAGCCACAAGUGGAGUGUAUAGGACCUGGUGCCACCCCCAGCAACCGACUACAUAAGAGGUCCAUCAGGAGACGGUCUAAAGCAACCAACAGUCGAUCAUGGCGGGAGCUUCUCUAAGCAGGACUGAAGGGACACACUAAAAGAGAACCAAAUGGACCGCUCUUGUAAAGAAACAUUGAUAUUCAAUGCCAUUUUGCCUGACCUAAAGAGAUAAAGUUCCCACCACGGGUGGAAAUGGGGAAAAGUUAUUUUGGGAACCCACCAAUGAAAUAAUCCUUGAAUUCACCCACCUGUAGCUAAUUUUUACAUGUCAAAAUGAUUGAAUUCCCUCAUUUCCACCCCUGAUUCCCAUCAUGUGUAUAUAUACACACAUAUAAACACCAAAGCACAUUAGACAUGAUUUUGAUAGUCCGACUGACAAUGUUGAUCUCUGAGUGUCACUCUGUGCCUUUGUGGGGGAUAUUUGGGCAGUGGUUCUCAACCUGGGGUACCAGCAACCCUGGGGGUACCUGGCCUAUCCACAGGGGGUACUUGGGAAGACUCGAAUAUGUAUAAUUGAGAGGAUACUUUGUGCAGAGCAUUAUGGACCUGAUUUCGCCGUAAUAAACAAUGCCUUUCUUAUGCACGCCUUUCCUAUGCACUUCUCAGUAGUUGGUACUCAGACUUACCUUAUGAAGGUGGGUAAUGGGGUUUGCAGACGUGGUUUCCUUAAGCGCAAAGAAAUAUAUUGGUUUGUUUCAUCCGGAAAGUUGUCAUAUUCAAGUUCAAUCCAUGAAAAAAUGUACAAUAGGGGUUGACCAAUAGUACUAUAAAUCUACCAUAAGCCUUACUAAUCAUCGAACUGUAUGACAACGGUCCAGUCGUUAUGAACCGUUUAACCUGCUAAGUGUGGUCUGAGUUCCAUAAUGAUUCAAAUAGGCUACAUGUCCGAAAUGAUUGCACAAUGUUAGACUAAUGCUAGCGACACUCGGGCAAUGGAAGGUUCUAGCUUGUAUGGCUCCCUGGGCGAACCCACCGUGACAUGAUAUCAAUGACGUGACGUGCAAAUGAGCGAUAGAAAACCGAUCGCGCAAAUGUCACCAUUCUGAAUUUUUAUGCGGGCGCCCCGGGCUGCCCAUGUCGCCUAUACCUAAAUCCGCCACUACCCUCAGGAACAGCUUACACGGACGUGAAAGAGAACUAACACUAAGGUGACAGUUGUAAACGUGGGUAUUGUAUGUGGGUAUUACUGACCGUGGCCCCCGAGAGCGGCUUAUAUUUAACAUGAUACAUAUUUUUGUAUGAAACAGAAAAGCCUGGGCAUAUAAUUAAACAAUUCUAAAGUGCAUACAUCAACAUCUGCAGGUUCAGCCAUACAGAACCCUAUAACUUGGGUGUCCAAGGGUUCUACCUGGAACCAAAAAUGUUCUCGUAUGGGGACAGCCAAAGAACCCUUUUAGGUUCUAGAUAGCACCUUAUUUGGGGGGAUUUUCAGAGAUCACAAGGAAAAAACAUCUAAAACAAUUGCAGUGUAUUUACAAUUCCCUUCUCCAAAUGGAUUGCUUAUUUACCUAGCUCUUACCAAUAGCUCUUAUCCAUUUAUAAAUUACCUUGCAUGGAGAAUGCUGUUAUUUCUAUCGAGAAAAAAAAAGAAGUACAUGCUUGGAACCAGCACUCUACCUUAUUCAUGCUUUCCUCUCGCUUAAAGCUGAGGGAAUUAAGUCAACGUCAGAAUAUGGCUUAUCUGUAGAUCUCUACCCAGAAGGGGUCUCAUGCUUAAGUUCAAGGUCAGAAUACGCAUAGAGAGAAAAGUGCAUCAAAAAAGGGAAUCGGAGUCUAAGGGGUACAGUUGACAAAAAAAAGGUUGAGAACCACUGAGACAGGGGAAUAUGGGGGAGGUUCAUCUUGUGUCAGAAUCGUUUGAAAGGUUAAUUAGUUUAUGGCUGUGUUCAGCCAUUGGAGUCUUUUGAUUGGGUGGUAGAGAGAAUAUUUGGUCCCUCAUGUAUUAUACUCUGACUAGGGUGGGAGGUGUGACUCAAAGAGAUGUUGGACGGGUCAAUAAAGAUGGAUAGUAUUAUUUAUUUGGAGAGUCCCAUCUGAAUGGAGUGGGAACGAAACAACCCUCCCCAAGGCACUAGAGUGACACUGAAAGUCAAGAACAAAGUCAAAAAAAAGUGUUUAGGAUUGCAGCUGGAUACUCUGAAGUCAAGCACAUUUUUUCCCCCCUUAGCUUAUUUUUAAUAAUUAGCUUUUUUUCUAGUGUUGGACCUUAUGACCAAAUAGGGAACAACUCCUAUAUGUGAAGAAAAGAGACAGAGCAAUGUUUGUCUGUUUCGGAACGUCGAACAGAGUACCUCCAACUCUGGCAUAGUAUUGUGCUCUCAUCCUGGACCUUUGGGCUAUUUUCGGCACCAAAUAAUUCCCGAACACAGAGACGAGUAGAGGGCGCACUUGCCACAAAGCCUGUUUUAGCAUGAAGAAGAGAAAAUGGACAACUUCAGAAAUGGGGAUAGUCCUCAAUGGCGAUGCCCACGCUGUCACAGAAGUUAUCAAUGGCAAAGAUAGGACGUUUGCUCUCUUUUUUUUAUCUCUACGCUUCAGAACCAUCUGGUGAAAAUGCCAUCGAUGCAACUGUAGCACUAUAAGAACAAGCUAACGUCCAACAAUCCAUGUGACCCUACAAUCCAUACGCUCAUACACGUUUGUCUGUUUAUUUCUCACUGUGAAUUCUCUCAAACGACGCCUUUGAUAUCAGAUAUCAAGCAUUCUGAUUAAUGAAUAAACAGGGCCUUUGUUUUCCAAUCAUCUUAUUCACGACCCCAACUCUCCCUGUGUGCAGGAAGGGAAUUAUGAGGGGUUGAAUUGGUACUGAAGCACUUCAAAAUGAAUUGACACCAGUAGCAUAACAAGCUGUGAUGGCACAAGGAUAGAGGAGGAGGAGUUAGAGGAUAUGUUAAGUUGACGAGGAUCCUUUUGGGUCGAAUCAUGUUUAACGUUUGGGAAGCAGGGGUUCAUACUCAAGCUUCCCUCCCACCCGACUCACACACGUUCAACAAACUCACUCAACACAAUACUCUCACACGUCGGAAGUGAUGUCAACAUUUGAUGAAUGGUUGAAUGGUUUAUGGGUGUCUCAGUGCAGAGGGAGGUCACACACAGACACACAGACACAGACCCCCCCCCCCACACACACACACACACACACACAGACACAAACAAACACACAAGAGAGAACGUAUGGGUGUGUGCCCAUGCACGUGAGUAUAAAGUGUGUGUGUGUGUUGAAUGAGUGUUUCAGCACGAAGAACAUAGAUACAUGUGAUAAUGUUUAUUCAGUGUGUGACAUUCUAAUAAGGGAUUUGGAUGUGACUAUCAAAUAAAAUCUGAAAUCGUCUGUUUCUGUUCA